GGCACAAGUUACCGUCUAUUAUCACAGGUUGUCAAGGGGCAGGGGCUGUACCAGACAGUGCCAGCCACGCACGGGGGUGACUGCUCCCUGCCCAACACCUCUGCCACAGCACUCUGGCUACAAUGCCCUCGCCUUCCAGCAAAACUGGUCCUGCCUGGCCUCCUACAUGCUUCCUGCGUGUCUGAAACCCAUCAGGGCUGCCAGGGAGCUGUCCCCUUUAAGAGGUGGAGCUUGCAGCCUGGCACAGGAAGAUCAAGUCUGGAAUGAACUGCCUUGGUCGGAGGAGGCUGCAGACAGAAGCCAGCUGGUCAACACAGAAGAGACCAUGAGUGGCAGGGUGGGAGAUCUGAGCCCCAAGCAGGCAGAGGCGUUAGGCAAGUUCCGUGAGAACCUCCAGGACGUGCUGCCCUCCCUUCCCAAUCAUGACGACUACUUCCUCUUGCGCUGGCUCAGAGGUCUCGGUUUGGAUGCAGCCCAGGUAGUGGUGCUGGAGAUUGGAACUCAUCAGCAUCUGAUGGCAGCUCGAUGUUUCGACCUGCAGAAAUCCGAGGCCAUGAUCCGCAAGUACGUUGAGGUUCGGAAGCACAUGGAUGCUGACAACAUCAUCAACUGGUGCCCCCCGGAGGUGAUUCAGAAGUACAUGUCUGGGGGGAUGUGUGGAUAUGACCGGGAUGGCUGCCCCAUCUGGUAUGAGAUCAUUGGGCCCCUCGAUGCCAAAGGCAUCCUGUUAUCAGCCUCCAAACAAGAUCUGCUCAAAAACAAGUACCGUGACUGCGAAAUGCUGCUUCAGGAGUGUGACAAGCAGACCCAGAAGCUGGGGAAGAGGGUUGAGAUGGUCAUGAUGAUCUAUGACUGUGAGGGGCUGGGCCUGAAGCAUCUCUGGAAGCCAGCCGUGGAGGCGUACGGAGAGCUUCUGUCCAUGUUUGAGGAGAACUAUCCCGAGACCCUGAAGCGCCUGUUUGUAAUUAAAGCUCCCAAGCUUUUCCCUGUGGCCUACAACCUCAUCAAGCACUUCCUGAGUGAAGACACCCGUAAGAAGAUUGUCGUCCUGGGAGCAAACUGGAAGGAGGUCUUGCAGAAGUACAUCGCCCCCGAAGAGAUCCCUGUGGUGUACGGGGGAACCCUCCGGGACCCAGAUGGGAACCCCAAGUGUGUGACCAAGAUUAACUACGGCGGUGACAUCCCCAAGAAGUACUAUGUGCGGGACCAGCUGAAGCAGCAGUAUGAGCACUUAGUGGUAGUGAACCGGGGCUCCUCCCACCAGGUGGAGUAUGAGAUCCUCUUCCCAGGCUGCGUCCUCAGGUGGCAGUUCAUGUCUGAAGGGGCCGACGUGGGCUUUGGGGUCUAUCUGAAGACUAGAAUUGGGGAGCGGCAGCGAGCUGGCGAGAUGAUGGAGGUGCUUCCAAACCAACGCUACAAUGCCCACCUGGUGCCUGAGGACGGCUCCCUCACCUGUUCCGUGGCCGGCAUCUAUGUUCUGCGGUUUGACAACACCUACAGCUACCUCCAUGCCAAGAAGGUCAGCUACACAGUGGAGGUUCUGCUGCCAGACAAGAAGUCAGAGGAGCAGAUACAGCAACUGGAAGAGACCAUGAAUGAGUUGGACCUCAACAAUGCCCACCAGUGAUGGCUCUUAGAGCUCCCUCAUCGUCUGACCUCCUCCGCCAGCCCCACUCCCAUCUCUCUCUGCACAAGCAAACCCAGGGCUUCUCCCAGACCCACCCAGCCAUGGGGAAGUGAAAGUGGAACUAUUCUCCAGAGAACCUCUGCUAGUUGCCAUUAGAACGUUCAGGCACCUUCUCUGGAGUGAUCUUUUGGGCAUUCCCUCAUCCUGGGCUGGCUGCAGAGGGGGUGUUUGUAGGCAGGGGCAUGGAUGCUGCAGAGUGGAAGAUUUCCAUCUCUUCCUUGGAGCUGCCUAGAAUGAACAUAGCUGAGCUGGGGAGUCAGCAUCUGGGAUCUAGCACUCUGUGCCCAGACAUGCACCAGUUCAGGCUGCCAAUCCAACCAGCAGCUGCCAGGUUAAUCUGUCCCUGAUCUGAACUCUGGGCUUUAAGCAGCUGGGGGUUGGGGGAGGGUCCUGGGGUGUUCAGGAGGGAAACCCCUUGUAUUAUCAGUAGGUGUGUCCUCGACAUGGGCUGAGCUGAAAACAUGGGAGGAAAGGGGCCCUUCUUGGCACUUCUGUAGCACAAUGAGGUGCAACAGCUGAGAGCCCAAGUCUUAGGGUGGUAGCAGCUGGUGUUGGUGGCAAGGCCCUGGCCAGCACAGAGCUUUGCAGGAGGGCAGAGUGCCCCUUCUUCCCCACCCCUCCAAAAACCUCCCCAGCACUUGUCUGUGUAAUUCAUUACCUUGCUCAUUAACAUUCACACCUAACAAAGGGCUGGAGCUUCCCUGGGGCCAGUGGAUCCAGGCUCCACAGUCCCAGAGGAGGGGACAUCGCUACCCAUAGCACCAUAGAGGCUUGCACUGGGCUCCAUGGCCCAGUGUGCCGUACAGGGGCAGGGAUCUGUAAAGACCAAUCAGCUACAAGGGAGUGGAACAACUUGAGAAAGCAAAUCACAGUGAGGAGGAGGGGCAGGACCUGGGCCUGGGGAGUGGGAAGCACAGACAUAGUGGGAGGGGAAGUGGGAUGUAAGGGUUUGUGUGGGGCAUCUUCCACCUUAACAUCAAAAUCAAUAAUACAGAGCAAAUCCCAGAGACAGCAAUAUUCAUGCUCCCCUCCUUGCCCCCAGGGCUGGCCUGAGACAUAAACACAUGUCACUGCACUUUAAGGAGGACCCAGGCAUUCAGAAGGUGGCCUGACCUAUCUUCCCCCUCUGGGAAGGAAACUCAUGGUUGGCCUCACCCUUCUACAGUCCCAGCAGGAAGCCUGGCCCCUGCCAAUCAUAAAGCCACCCCCAGCCCAUCAUGCGGCACUAGGAGGGGAGGUUCCCAUGAGACUCACACUCAGCAAAGCUUUCAACAGUCUUUCCAGGUCAACAUCAAGAGACAGUGGGGUGCUCCAGGGCCACUGAAUUCCUGACCACUCAGCUGGCCCACAGUUACUUGCAACGAGGACAUUGGUUCUGAAUGCAGCUGUUGUGGCAUUAUAUAUGAAAGAAAACAUAGAAUCAAAUGAAGUAAAUAUCUUAAAUGAACCAGCUGCAGAACCUGAUCCCCAUCCACAGGGGAAAGGGAGCAGCACUAGGGGUGGGGUAGGAAAAAGACUGCACACACUGCGUUAAGGGUGCAAAUGGAGCAAGUGGAAAUGCCUGAGCCAAAGACACAUCAGAAAGCCAGCUCUAGAUUGGAACCAAGAUGGCUCAAGCAGCCACAAGCAAGUGGAGGUCUCCCAUGCAGUUGCACUGUGUUCUGGAACACAGAGAAACAGCCAGUGCAAAUUGUAUGUGCAGCAGAUCCUAGAGACAGCAAAGAUGGGAUACAGUCUGAUUUUCAAGGACAUCUCUAGAACAGUCAAGCAUGGUGUCAAUAUGGGAAAGCACUGACCAUAAAGGGGGAACUGGUGGAUUUCAUGAAGGACAAAUUCCUCCCAAGUUUUGAAGGAGUCCCGAGGCAGGAGUACUCACUCAGCUGUUUGGAAAAGAUAUGGCACUUUUAAUUCUUUGGAUCAUGGACAGUAGAAGAAAAUAAUAAGUUAAUCUGAUGGGUGGGCACUGUGAGGCUAUGCAGCCUAGACUGUAUCACCCUAUCUGUGGCUCGGGCUCUGACCACCCCAGGUGGGCCAUACUGGGUGAUACAGCCCAGCUUGUCGGCCCAUCAGUGCCUUACAUAGGUUGCACUGGUAAUAGAAACUCUAGUCUUAAAGGGAGACCAGGUCUCUUCUUCCAGGGAAUGACUAGCUCUGUAGGUCAUGUUUCUUUAGAAGGGACCAUGAGUAUAGCAUGAUUGUUAGCAGGUGGCAAGGCCAUCAGGAGGCUGCUGGCUCUGCAGCCUUUACAGAAGCUCCAGGCUGGAACAGUUACAAAAUGAGAGUAAAUUCACAUAGGAGAGGGAAAAGGAUGGAGCCAUCUGGAGCCUCCAUCACAGCCACUAGCUCCCAGCCCACAUGCCCUUUCAAUUCCUCGUGUGCCAGGAUAAACAUCAGAGGUGAGAUGGUUUGGAAUAACAAUGGACAAUUAUAGGAUGGAAUAAUAUAUAUUUGUGCUAUCUCAUGCUGUCCACAGGCUUUAUUAGUAAAUGGCUGAACAGA